CCAUAGGGGUGGGUUGAAGGACACUGCACGCAGCUCUGUAGGGGGUGGGUCCUGGACGGCUCUAAAUGUGUGCAGCUCCCUGGGUCUUAAUAGGAUGACCCCUGUGUCCCCCCGACCCCCCCAGGCUGCGCAUCAAACCCAGCCAAGGGGGUUGGGUUUUCCUUUUCCCUGCCUCCUGUGGUAGCAACAGCCACCAAAUCACUUUCCUGUCGUUCCCUUAGCCAGGACGGCACCAGCUUGUGAGCGAGUAACUCCAGCCACCAGGGAGACACCCGUCAAGCCGGAGUCUGGUGAGAGAUUUGUAACCCGCCCCAGCUGACCCCUGUGGUGUCACAUCACCCCAGCCCCACGCUCGCAGAGUCCAGAUCUCUCUGAUUUAGCCACCCUAGGUCCCAUCAUGGCGUUUCCUGAACCGAAGCCCAAGAAGCCAGAGCUGCCCAAGAAGCUGGUGCAGAAUCUGGAGUGCAAACAGGGAGCGGUCAGGGCAGUGCGGUUUAAUGUGGAUGGAAAUUACUGUCUCACCUGCGGAAGCGACAAGUCCCUGAAGCUGUGGAACCCCCACAAGGGGACCCUCCUGAAGACCUACAGUGGUCACGGCUACGAAGUGUUGGAUGCGGCUGGCUCCUUCGAUAACAGCCAGCUCUGCUCCUGCGGGGCCGACAAAACGGUCGUCCUGUGGGACGUAGCCAGUGGGCAGGUGAUCCGCAAGUUCAGAGGUCACGCGGGGAAGGUGAACUGCGUGCAGUUCAACGAGGAGGCCACCGUGAUCCUGUCGGGCUCAAUUGAUUCCAGCAUCCGGUGCUGGGACUGCCGCUCCCGCAGACCCGACCCCAUCCAGAUCCUGGACGAAGCCAAGGACGGGGUGUCCAGCCUGAAAGUGUCGGAUUACGAGAUCCUCUCUGGCUCUGUGGACGGCCGCGUCCGGCGCUACGACCUGCGCGCAGGGCAGCUGUACUCGGAUUACGUUGGAAGCCCCGUCACCAGCGUGUGUUUCAGCAAGGACGGGCAGUGCACGCUGGCUGCCAGCCUGGACUCCACCCUGCGCCUGCUGGACAAGGACACCGGCGAGCUGCUGGGAGAGUACACCGGCCACAAGAACACGGCCUACAAGCUGGAUUGCUGCCUGAGCGAGAAGGACACGCACGUGGCCAGCUGCUCGGAGGACGGGAAGGUGUAUUUCUGGGACCUGGUUGAGGGCUCCCUGAUGCUGAGCCUGCCCGUCGGCAGAGGCGUGGUCCAGUCCCUGUCCUUCCACCCCAGCGAGCCUGCCCUGCUCACGGCCACCGAGGGGCACGUGCAGUUCUGGAGGGAGGAGACCCACACAGCAGAGGAGCAGCCGCCGGCCUGCUGAGCUGGAGCAUCGGGCGUCCCUCCAGCCAAUCACACACACU